AUGGAUAUCAAUUUCUCACAAUCUUCGCAAGAAGAUUUAAUAGAUAUUGAGAACAUAGAUGAUGAAAACUAUGAUGAUGAUCCUAUAUUUAACUUAGAGCAAGGCUUAUACGAGCAUGCCCUAGUUUCAACAGAAUAUGAGAAUGAUCUAUGGAAAGAAUUAAAUAUAGAAGAUAUACCAAUCUUGCAAGAAAUAAGCGAUGAGAAAAUCACAAAUAUAUCUAAUUCACGAGGAGGUCAUUAUGUGUGCUAUCAGUGUUAUGAAAAGAAUAGUGGAUAUUUGCAUAUACGCAUGGGUACAGGAGCUAAAACAGACCCAGGAUGCACCGCAAUGCAUUUAUAUGAUAUUGAAACUACUCUCCACCACUUUGCAAAGCUAAUUGAAAUGGUAGCGUAUUCAGAGAAUGAAGUAACAAAAAAGAAUUUACUUCAAAUUCUUAUUCCGUGCUUAGAAAAUUUCGAUUUGGAUUCAUCUUCUGCACCUAGCCAAUUACCCAGCUUGUUUGUAGUUAAUACAAUUUUUAAAAUUAGGGGACUUAAUUUUUCCAAACAACAAUUUAUACAAAAGCCUAAAAAAUAUGAAGAAUUUGGAAAGUUACUUGCCCUUGAAUAA